AUGGCUGCUAGCAGAUUUGGCGUAAUUUUCAAAUCAAUACCUGUUCUAAGCCCGAAAAAUGUCAAUUUCUCGGUCUUCAGGUACACCCCAAACAGUAAGGAGAAGCCGAGGAUUCAAACCUACACCGUCGACACGAACGACUGUGGGCCGAUGAUUCUCGACGCUCUAAUAAAGAUAAAAAACGAAAUGGAUAGUACGCUCACAUUCCGAAGGAGCUGCCGAGAAGGCAUUUGCGGGAGCUGUGCAAUGAAUAUAAACGGAGAAAACGGCUUAGCUUGCCUCAUGGAUAUAGAGAAACAUGCAUCGAAGGGUACUGUGGAAAUCCAGCCGCUCCCGGGAAUGUACGUUUUGAAGGAUCUCGUUCCCGACCUGACCAACUUCUAUGAACAGUACAGGAGUGUGGAGCCCUGGCUGAAGAGGAAAACUCCAAAGGAGGGAGAUAAGGAGUAUUACCAGUCGAAAGAGGAUAGACAAAAGCUUGAUGGUCUAUACGAGUGUAUUCUCUGCGCUUGCUGCUCAACAUCAUGCCCAUCCUACUGGUGGAAUCCAGAACACUACUUGGGACCAGCUGCCCUAAUGCAGGCUUACAGAUGGAUUGCUGAUAGCAGGGAUGAAUACACAACAGAACGUCUGGUGGAAGUGAAUGACACUAUGAAGCUUUAUCGGUGCCACGGAAUCCUGAACUGCACUAAGGUUUGUCCCAAAGGACUUGACCCGGCAGGAUCAAUAUCUAAACUGAAGAAGCUGGUUGAAGAGAAUGUCUCUGACCAGUGGGAAGAUAUUGCCCUCGACGAAUACAAAGAGCGCAACAGUAAGGCUGUGCAAAACUUGUAA